UAUAUGCAGACUCAACAGUAAGUCAUUGUCUAUUGUACAAAUAGUACUAAUUAUACUCACGCUCUAUAAUAUUCCACAAACUCUAUGAUAAACUCACUCUGUGGUAAGUGAAUGGACAUCACGUUGGCUGGAUGUGUUCCUCCUCCUCUCUUGUCUCUCCUCCUCCUCCUCUUCUUCAUCUUCUUCCUCAUCGUCGACCUGCGUGGUUCCACCAUUGUCUUCUUUGUCGCUACUGGCAGUCAAAUC